AUGCCGCCCGAGCGGCAGUACCACGCCAACCAUGGCAAUGGCCGCCAUGCUGGUCAUGCUGCCAUUGUGGCCACCAGAGAACGAUCCGGCGUGCCUGGCACCCCAUCCCGAAAGGAACGGCAACGAGAGAGCUCAGCGGUGCAGGAUCCAGGACUGAAAGAUUAUACGUUGGGUGAAUGUAUUGGUAAAGGCGCGUUUGGGUCCGUUUACAAGGCCUUCAACUGGAGUACCGGCGAAGCCGUUGCUGUCAAGCAGAUUAAGCUCGCAGAUUUGCCAAAGAGCGAAUUACGGAUGAUUGAGCACGACAACAUUGUUAAAUAUAUCGGCUUCGUAAAGGCAACCGAUUGCCUCAACAUCAUAUUAGAAUACUGCGAAAAUGGCUCAUUACACUCGAUACUUAAAGCCUAUGGUAAAUUUCCUGAAAAUCUUGUCGGCGUCUACAUGACCCAGGUUCUUUUAGGCCUUCAAUACCUCCACGACCAGGGUGUCAUCCAUCGAGAUAUCAAAGGAGCCAACAUUCUCACGACCAAGGAUGGCACCGUCAAAUUGGCAGAUUUUGGCGUUUCUACCAGCACACUAGCAGGAGGCCAGGAUAAGGAGGCUCAGGUUGUUGGCACGCCAUACUGGAUGGCGCCAGAAAUCAUUCAACUCUCCGGCGCCAGUUCCGCCUCUGACAUUUGGAGCGUUGGAUGUACCGUUAUCGAGUUGUUGCAGGGGAAACCGCCAUAUCACAAUCUGGCAGCAAUGCCAGCGCUCUUCGCAAUCGUCAACGACGACCAUCCUCCCCUGCCCGAGGGCAUCUCUCCUGCUGCGAGAGAUUUUCUCAUGCAAUGUUUCCAAAAAGACCCAAACCUGCGUGUGUCAGCUCGCAAGCUGUUGAGGCAUGCAUGGAUUGUUGGCUGCCGCCGAGCUGAAGCACCAGUAUCCAAGGCACCGGACAACUUCAACCAGGCCGUCGAAGAAGUAAAGCAGUGGAACAAGGCGCUGAAUUCCUCUGAACCUGCACUCCGGUCGUCUACAGGCUCCGAUACUACUGGAAUAUCGUCCCGGUUCGUCGGCGGGACCCCUGGCAAAGGCUCAAUGGGACUUGCUAAACCCAGACUUGGAGUUGAGGCUUUCAAAACAGCUGAGCAGGCAGAUAGCGACAAUUGGGAUGAUGAUUUCGUCACUGCCAUCUCACCAAGCGCAUUGCAUCUUCCUCACCUGAAACCACAAGACAAUUUCGGGGGUCUACUGUCAAGCGACAAGCUCAAAGCCUUUGCAUCUACAAAUGACUUGAGAAUAGAUACCGACAACUACGAUGAUGACUUUGAGGGCGAGUUGCUAACUAUCAAAGGCCCAGCCCACCAACGUGACGAAGUUCAGGAACAGACCCUUCGACCGAUACAUAAGGCGGCAGUCCCGAGUACAAAUGCCAAGUCGCACCAACGCACCAAGUCUCUGGGAAAGGCAAUUGUACAAGUGCCUGGGUCCUCUGUACCCAAAUCCCCAUCAAAGGGCCACCUUGGAAGCAAAUUUGAGUUGCCUCCUCGCCCAGACGUAGUAUAUCGAGAACAGAGUGUGGAGGAUUUCUCUGACUUGUUUGUGGACAACGACGAAGCCUUUAAUUACAGAGUCAAUAGAGCAGUCAGAAGGGGAUCUCGUGCCACCGAUGCACCGCAACUCUUCCAUCCAUCAGACUUGACGACCCUUCCCCGCUCCAUGCAGGCUCCCGACGGUAGUAUCAGGAAGAGACCGCCUUCCCGGCCGUCGGUGCUCCCUGACCGGCCCAUGCGUCGCACUCGCUCAUCUAUAGAGAUACAAAAAUUUGCCGAGGACGAUGACGAAGAUUUUUCGGAUGUGUUUGGCGCCAGUGAUUCCAUAGCUGACAAGGAGGAAAGCGAGCGUGGCUCUGAGGAUGGUGGUCUGAUGCUAUUGUCAAAGAUGUCGAGCAACUCUUGGCUUGGAGACGACGAAGAAGAAUAUGACCCAUUUGCUUCCAUGGACCCUGGUUGGGAUGAGAUGGACCUCGAAGCAAACAUUGCGAGAGACAGGCACGCUCGUCUGGCAGAAAAGGUUGAAGACCUUGUCAGUUCACUCAAGACGACUGAGGCCGACGAUACCCUAUCCGAAGUGUCUGAAGACUUGCUGGGCUUAUUAUGGGAGAACAAGGAAGUGAAGAACUUGAUCAUCAGCGCGCACGGAUUGCUACCGAUUCUGGAGAUCCUCGAACCGUGCACCGUCAAGAGCAGGCAGUACAUGAUAUUGCAGCUACUCAAAGUCGUCAAUGCGAUUAUUCUCGACGACGUAGAAAUUCAAGAAAACCUUUGCUUCGUGGGUGGCAUACCCAUCAUUACGAAAUUUGCAGCUCGCCAAUAUUCCGACGAAAUCAGACUUGAAGCAGCUGCUUUCGUGCGACAAAUGUACCAAACCAGUACCCUGACCCUUCAAAUGUUUGUGUCCGCCGGUGGUUUGAAUGUGUUAGUCGAGUUUUUGGACGAGGACUAUGACAGCGCCAGAGACUUGGUACUCAUCGGGGUAAACGGCAUCUGGAAUGUGUUCGAACUGCAAGGCCCGACCCCAAAGAACGACUUCUGCAGAAUCUUCUCUAGAAGCAAGAUUUUAUACCCCCUGGCAUUGGUGCUGCACCGGGUUCUGGAUGAGGAAGAUGAAGACGAGUUGGGCGAGCUCAUAGAGGGGCGAAUUGUCAAUAUCUUUUACCUCUUCAGUCAGGCAGAAAAUUACGUCAAGGAGGUCGUGGCUGACCGGCAAGUCCUCAAGAGUGUGCUGAAGGAUCUACGACGCAUGACGCCCAUUCACCAGGUCACGAUGCUCAAGUUCAUCAAGAACUUGUCUAUGCUAUCAACAACGAUUGAAACCCUUCACUCAGCAGACGCUAUAGAGUUCCUCAUCGAUCUGCUCAGCUACAGCAUGAAGAAGGGCCAGAAACAUUUCCGCGAAAUAUCUAACCAAGUACUUAAUACGUUGUUCAAUCUCUGCCGGCUCAGCAAGGAACGUCAAGAAGACGCGGCCGUGGGAGGCAUCAUUCCUUUGCUGCUGCGCAUCAUGCAGACCGACCGCCCGCCUAAGGAGUUUGCUCUGCCCAUCCUGUGUGACAUGGCGCACUCUGGGUCCAAGGGGCGGCGCUAUCUGUGGCAGAACAAGGGUCUUGACUUUUAUGUAUCACUAUUAACCGAUCAGUACUGGCAGGUCACAGCCUUGGAUGCAAUCUUGGUAUGGUUCCAGGAGGAGACGGCCAAUGUGGAGAAUCAUCUCAUUGACGGCAACUUUACGCGAGCAAUCGUCAGCUGCUUUAGCACGAACAAACUAAACGCCUUUGAUUCGAACUUGCUCGAACCACUUCACAAGCUGCUGCGUCUCAGUCCGUCAACAGCAGCAUCGCUAGCCAAACCAGAAAUGUUUGCUGGCAUUGCCCAACGACUGGGUCACAAGAAACCUGUCGUACGACUAAAUCUGCUGAGACUUGUCCGUAUCAUCAUGGACGCCUGUGAGCCCGGCCUGGGCGGCGGCGACGGAUCUCGCACUCUCAACAGCAGACAAGUUCGGUCACUCAUGGACUCAAUCCAGACACUAGCCGAGACUGACUCCGCCGUCCUGGUCCGUAACCUAGCAGCAGAGCUGGUCAAGUCUCACAUCGACAGCAGCUCGGGAAUGCUCCUCUUGCGCCAUGACAGCGGCGUAACAUCCGCGUCAUCGCAGGCCAACUCCGCAUCGUCAUCGAGAAGAGGCGCCCGCCGAAACACGAGCUACACUCCUCCCAGUCUCCAAUCAUCCAUAUCAAUGCCACAGACGCCCACCCACCGCAGCAGAACCAGUCUGGCAGGCAACGCAGGCGCCUUCAUCGAAGUCGCCGCCAGUCCUCGCCGCACGGCAGCCGCCUCGGCCCUCGAACGCGAUGCCAUUUACUACCGGCCCCGUAGCCGCGACAGCACAGCCGGCUUCGUACCAACCAGCAUCCCCCGCCGAGUCAGCGGCGACUCGACGUCAUCCAUGAGCAGCUCCGCGACCACUGGGUCAGCCGGGCCCUCCUCUAAGAGCCGCCUCCCGCGCACUUCCCUCGCCGGUCGCCCCUCGGGUGCUCCAUUCUCCGUUCUUAGAGGGGAUCCCGCUCCGCCCAUGGUUGUUCGCAGCGAUAGCAGCGCCAGCAACAAGGAGAAUAGCGCAUCUAGCAACGGCUACUCCAUGGCAAGUAUAUCGCGUCCGGGCUCGUCGCGCGACGGAACGGCUGCAACUGCGGUGGCAGGAGGACCCAAACGACGGCAGAGGGCACCAAGUGAAUUGAAGUGGUCUAAUAGUGACGCAAAAUGA